AUUUACACAAUGUUCACAAUGAUUUACUAUCUGCUGCAGACAGUUUCCACUGCGAUCAUUAGCACUGUGGUCACCAUAUGGAUGAUCGAAGAGGCACUGAUCAAGCUGAUGAUGUCUAGCUUUUUGUAUGCACUGCGCAUUGCUUGCCAUCCGCUGAUGGUGAUCCCAAUGCUGGUAGGAUUGUAUUACUUGGUCAACAAGAUGUGGCCGCGUCCCAGCAUGCUGGCUGACGCAUCAGAAAAAUUUGGAAUGCGCCGCCAGGUUCGUACUCCGCGCAUUGGUUCCUAUCGCAGUAUCGGCAGCAUUUCAGUACGGAGCAAUGAUAGCUUCGAUCUGGACGUGGACGAAGUGUGCCAACGUAAUUAACUUUCUUUUUGCUCGAGUUCACC